AUGAGCGGUGUUCGUCGCCACCUUGGACUCCUUCUCUUGGCCGAAGCGGUGCUGUGUGCUUCUGCCACACGGUUUCAAGACGUGCUGAGCCACAGGAGAACUUCUCCUGUCACAUCCAAGGAGCUACAAGGCUGGUCUAGUGAUCAAAACAAAUGGAACGAAAAGCUUUAUCCUUUCUGGGAAGAAGGAGAUCCCAGAUGGAAAGACUGCUGGAAAGGAGGAAGGGUGACAGCCAAAUUGGACACUGAUAGCCCAGCACUGGUAGGAUCCAACAUAACCGUUACUGUGACUCUCCAGUUUCCCAAGUGCCAGAAAGAAGAUAACGAUGGCCACAUAAUAUAUGAGAGAAACUGUACCCAGGAUUCUCCAGCCUCUCAGGAUCAGCAAGUCUAUGUCUACAACUGGACUGAAUGGACCAACAGCUGUGGCUGGGAAAACUGUACAAGUAACCACAGCCACAAUGUAUUCCCAGAUGGAAGACCCUUCCCCCAUUAUCCUGGCUGGAGGAGAAGGAACUUUAUCUACGUGUUUCACACGCUUGGUCAGUACUACCAAGUAAUUGGAAGAUCUUCAGCAAAGUUGACAGUCAACACAGCGAAUAUGACUCUUGGCGAACACGUGAUGGUGGCAACCGUUUACAGGAGAGGGCACUCAGCCUAUGUUCCAAUCGCAAGAGCAAAUGCCACUUACGUUAUAACAGACAAAAUUCCAAUCUCUGUGAAUAUGUUCCAAAAACAUGACCGCAACAUCUCAGACUACAUUUUUAUCAAAGGCUCACCAAUCAUAUAUAAUGUGAAGAUCCAUGAUCCCAGCUACUAUCUUAAUAACUCUGCCAUCUCCUACAAAUGGAACUUCGGAGAUGGAAGUGGCUUAUAUGUAGUGAGCAGUCCCACUACAUCUCACAUCUAUACUGUGCAAGGAAACUUCACUCCGAACGUAAAUGUCCAAGCCAUUAUACCUGUACCUUGCAGGCCAGUAACACCCACUGCAUCACUGCCCACCUCAGCAGUAAUGACCGCAGCAUCCUCUAAUUCAGACUCUUCUACCGCUGUCGAGUUAUUGGAAGAUAAUCCUGAAGGAGGUUGCCAUAUUUACAGAAAUGGAUACUAUGGAACUGGUAUCUCUGUCGUAGAGGGAAUCCUUGAAGUAAAUAUUAUUCAGAUGACGAGCAUCCAGAUGACAGAAAGUCAAGCUGAAAACUCACUGGUUGACUUUGUUGUUACCUGCCAAGGGAGUCUCCCCACAGAUGUCUGCACAGUAGUUUCUGACCCCACGUGCCAGGUGUCCAAGAGUGUGGUAUGCAAUCCCGUCAUCGUCACUGAUGAAUGCUUACUCACCAUAAGGAGAGCUUUUGAGGAACCGGGAACAUACUGUGUAAACAUCACCUUGGGGGAUGACACAAGCCAAGCCCUUGCCAGCGCACUGAUUUCGGUAAAUGGAGGAUCACCAUCAGGAGCAACAGAAGGUGUCUUUAUCUUCCUCGGUUUGUUGGCAGUGUUUGGCACGAUUGGGGCUUUUGUCCUUUACAAGAGAUACAAGCAAUACAAGCCUAUUGAGAGAAGCGCAGGACAAGCAGAGAACCAGGAGGGACUAACUGCUUACUUCAGCAAUUUCAAAGCAAUUUUCUUCCCUAGUAGCACUGAGAGAAAUCCUCUGCUGAAAAGCAAACCAGGCAUUGUUUAA